AUGACUUCAUCUCAGAACGACUCUAACAUCGACCACGACGUACGCUUUAGACAUGAAGUCUUGAAGGGGUUUGCAGAAGACCUUCAAGACUUAGCAAGUAACAAGGAGAAGCAAGAUCUUCUCGUAUCUAUCAAGAGUUUUGCUUUUUACUUUAUCAAAGAGCCACUCAAAAGGCCAAUGGCAGACUUCCCCAAGGUACAGCAGAAUCUUGAGGUCUUGUGGUAUAUGUUCUUUAAAGCCAGCGCCGGUAUAGACAGCGAAAGCUUGUUCCAAGAUCGGCUUGUCCUUCUUUUAUUGUGGACAAGACAGUUCGAUCUUGUGUAUAAAGAGCUUUACACUGGGCAGCAUAUCGCAGGAAACUGGGAAUCUUAUGGUUUUGCACGGAGUUUACAGAUGUUCUGGGAAGAGCUGGUGAAAGAAGGCUCAAAGGCUGAGUUGCGAAGCCUUGCUACUUUCUCUGCUAAGAUCUUAGCUGCUGGUAUAUGCGAAGAACAGAUCUCCUCAACUGCUCUUUGGUACAUGUGCGAGGCUCUUGAGACCAGCGACAACUGCAUUGCCAAGUUUCUGCCUGGCGCAGUUGCAUGGAUGGAGCUGUGUCCUCACGCGUUGCUCAAGGACUGCGUUCUGAAAGCAGACAAACAGCAGUCGUCACUGAAUCUUGGCCCUCUUGCGCAGGGCCAGCGCGUCGAUGAGCAUCGCCCCGAUACUCCACUUGCGCAACUUGCCAAGAAGGGAUUCAUAGCUAUAAUCCAUUGCGGCCGAGAUUUUAAUUACAGUGUCCCAGGGGAAGAUGUGUUUGCUGAAAGACUACAGGCCACUAUGUGGGCUGAGCUCGUCAGGAGUGGAAAGGAAAGCCUGGAUGGUGAUGAUGUCGAUAUAGACCCUGAUUGGGUUGAUAGAGAGAACUAG